AUGCUGCUGCCAAUAGAUGGACUCCCUAACCUGCCACUCCUGAGCAAGACACUAGAGACAAAGGAGAUGAGAAGACUGAUCUACAGAAAUAUUGUCAAAAGACUGGAUGGACAGGAUCUCCUCAUCCCAAACAGUCAGCUUAGAAAAUUUGCCACUCCAGAAAAUGCGUUUCCAAGCAAAGACCUUAUUCUUGAUGGAAUGCAACUUCCGCGAGAUCCUAAAAGCAGCCCACCUACCAUUGACGAUGUGAGCUCACUAUUUAGGGACAACAGCCACAAAGGACUCAUCACGGAGCCACCAAAGCUGAAAACGGAACCUGGCGCACCCGGAAAUGUCAUAAAUAACUUGGUGGUACUGCAAACAGGAAUAUGGCCAGAGUCCAAGAGCUUCAGUGAUGCAGGUAUGGGGCCCGUGCCUCAGGGGUUCAAGGGUCAAUGUGUUUAUGGACAGGAUUUUAUCUUAGCCAAUUGCAACAGGAAGAUCAUAGGUGCCCGCUAUUACUACAAGGGAUUUGAGAAAGAUAUUGGACAUCUUGAAUCCGUCGGUGAACUUUUCUAUCUCUCUGCCCGGGACGCUGACGGCCAUGGUACGCACACUGCCUCCACCGCCGCCGGAGCCAUAGUUACUGAUGCUACCUUCAUGGGAUUAGCCAAUGGGACUGCAAGAGGUGGGGCUCCUGCUGCCAGGCUCGCCAUUUACAAGGCUUGCUGGUUUGGCUGGUGCAGUGGUGUGGAUCUGCUUGUUGCCUUCGACGACGCUAUCGGCGAUGGAGUUGACAUCAUAUCAGUGUCAGCAGCACCGGAUCCACCACAGCCAAGCGUCUUUAGCGAUGCAUUCUCCAUUGGGGGCUUCCAUGCAUUUUUGAAAGGGAUCCUUGUGUGUGUUUCAGCGGGGGACAAGGGCCCCCUACCUGGUAGUGCUACCAACGUUGCUCCAUGGCUUUUUACUGUUGCAGUUAGCUCCAUAGACAGAAGAUUUGAAUCUGAGCUUGUUCUUGGCGACCAGGUUGUUUUGAAGGGCGAAUCACUAGCCCCUGCAGGGCUGAAUGAGUUUCAUGAUCUGAUUGAUGGACGAAAUGCAGCAGCACCUGGAAUUCCUGCUGCCAAUGCAAGGAGGCCUAUUGCAACAAUUCGGCCGCCUGUAAGUAUUCUACGAGUUGAACCAGCGCCACGGAUAGCUGCAUUUUCUUGAAGGGGUCCUAACACCAUGAAUCCUGAUAUCAUCAAGCCUGAUAUUACAGCUCCAGGAUUAAACAUCUUAGCAGCAUGGUCUCCAGUAGCAGUGAGUGGUUCUGGUGGAAGACCUGCAGACUUCAAUAUAAUCUUCGGAACUUCCAUGUCCUGCCCUCAUGUGUCUGGCGCCGCAGCACUCAUAAAAUCUCAGCACCCUUCAUGGAGUCCUGCAACUAGUAAGUCUGCCUUAAUGACAACAGCCACUCUCAAGGACAACACUGGAGGUCCUUUACUGAGGCAACCACAAGGCAUUACAGCAACUCCAUUCGACUUCGGGUCAGGGCACUUGAACCCGAUUGCGGCCCUCAAUCCUGGCCUAGUUUAUGAGUUAGACACUGAUAAUCUCAUAGACUAUGAAUGCAACACAGUUCAGCUGCUAUUUCUCAUCGGCAACAUGAUUAACUGUGCUAACCGACAAGUUCCUGCCUACAAUCUCAAUUAUCCUUCUGUUGCAGUAGCAGAGCUGAGAGGAACUAUCUCAGUUUCUAGAACUCUUACAAACUAUGGAGAAAGUGGUUCAGUUUACACAGCCACGAUUGGGCAUCUUGAAGGGGUUAAUGUUAAAGUAACACCAGACAAGCUAAACUUCACCAGAAACGGUGAAAAGCUUUCAUAUAGGUUGGAUUCUACUGUGCAGAGCCCAGGUAAUGGGGAUUUUACCUUUGGCUAUUUAACAUGGAGUGAUGGAAAACACAACGUAGGCAGUCCAAUUGCUGUAAAUGCAGUUUCAGUAUAAGAUUUUACUAAAGAAAUGUCUACAAAUUCUUCAUUUGCAUGGCUUCAUAUAUGCGUGCAUUGUUCAGAUUUGAAGAAAGCCAUUCUCAUCAGCUAUUGUAAAGAGGAUUUACAACAUAUUACUAAUGAUGUUGGCUGCUUGGUUCGUAAUUUUUGUUUCAAAGGUAUGUUUAGAACUAAAAUAAUUCAGCCUAGUUGACUUAAGGGCACUUCUUCCAUUAGGAAGAAAAUGUACCUUGCGGAGUUCCACACUUUCAGUAGUCUGGUCUGGUGGCCGACUGGGU